GUGUGUUUUGUUGCUUCUCGCAUUAAUAAAGUAAUAACUGGGUUACAACAUCUAGAAUCAAGUCUGGGCACAGGUUUGUCCUGUGGCUCUUCCCCAUACCAGAGCUGGUCCGUCUGCCACGUUUGUGUUUUAAAUUCUCAGGCAUGACGCUUCAUGUUUUUCAGCCGAACAGAUGCGUCAUACCUACAGGCGAAUGAGCAGCUGGGAUUGACUAGCGCAUGUUCACACCUGUACUUGUAGCACAGGUAAACAGGUGAUUCACCUCAACAGGAGUGCAUGACAACCUUUGACAACCUUUUCUUAUUUCAGAUCGCUGUGGAUGGUGAGUCCAGGAUGUACUUCCUGUCUCUGAUCCUAAUCAGACUGUGGACCUAUUAGAUCUCAGAGGAGUCAUGAACUUCGGGUCUGAGUCCUGGCAGUGGUUCAGGGUCCUUCUGGACUAGACUAACAGCAGUGUUUCUUAGACUUUCCAAGGAUCGGGACUAUGGGACCUCCGGUCGUUCAGGGAGCUCCUGUUGUACCAAAGAUGGGGGUCAGGGCCCGAAUGUCCGACUUGUCUCAGAGGAGGGAUGCUCAGGAGGGUCUGAACUCGAGCUUUCUGAGUCAACCUCCCCAUUCCAACAAGAGUCUGGACCCCCAGCCCAGGUCAGAGACCACAUUCCCAGUUCGCCCGAGUCCUUCCACCAGCAGGAGUUUGGCAAGGAUGAAGAGAAGCAACAGUGAGGUGACGAUCAGUGAUGCCGGAGCUGAAGACCCUGCUGCCAUCAACCCAAACACAGACGCAAGUCUGAGGCGAAAGUGCUGCAGCACUUCGACACUGGACCGCCAAAGUUUGUCACGAUCCACUGAGACUCCUUCCUGGAGGCUGGAGCAGCAGGUGCCCAGCGCACCGCCUCCGUUCCCAGAACCUCCACAGCUUCAUGCUGCACCGUCGCCCAGUCUGCAGACUGCCGCUCGCAUUGCUCAUGGGGAUGUCAUCUAUGUACCCAACUAUGUGAACGCUUCGGUUUAUGUGUCGCAUGUUCAGAAAACAAAGCCGGAGACAUCGAUCCUCAGCAGACUAAGGAAUCAGAGGACAAACAGGGACAUAAGACCCAGCGCAAUCUCUUACAAAUGCUUUUCUCAUUAUGAUAGUCAGAGUGUCCUCUUCGACUUCAGCAGCGGCUUUGUCCCCCAAGCAGACCUCCAGCACAGAAGGAACGACUCCACCUCUGGAUGUGAUGUGUUUGAUGCUUUAAGCCCUGACGAACGUGAAAAAAACAACUUUCUGGUGAGCAGCUGUCCGUUCUUUCAUAAUGAGAUUGGAGGGGAGAUGGAAAGGAGGCUGGGCCUGACUCGGGCCAACACCUCCACCUGCGGUGCUGCAGCAGACACAUCCUUCAGCGAGCCGCCGCUCAGCACCCGCCGCACCAACGCGAGCAUCUCAGUGUUGGAGUUUAGUGGAGGAACUCGGGCGUUCGACCAAAAUCUGAUGAAUAAUCACGACAUUGAACACAUUGACCUGGGAGCCAGAUACUACCUGAAAUACUUCUACAACCAAGAUCACCAAAAUUAUUUUGGCAUUGAUGAGAACUUUGGUCCGGUGUCUCUGAGCCUCCGGCGAGAGAAACUGGAGGAGAGGAAUGAUGAGACACAGUACAACUACAGGAUGAUCCUCAGGACUGGUCAGCUGUCUACCCUGAGAGGAUCCAUCACAGAGGACUCUAUCCCAUCUUCAUCCAAACAUGGGACCAGUCGACGUCUUCCUCUGAAGGAUGUUCUCGAGUUUGUGGUUCCUCAACUUAGCAUCCACAGUCUCAGACUGGCUGCUGAUUCACCCAGAGUCCCUGAACUGCUGCUGCAGCUGGACCAGCAGGAGCUGAGGUUCCAGCGCAAAGUGGGCGUGUUAUUCUGUCGGGCUGGUCAGUCCACCGAGGAGGACAACAGUGACUCUGGCAGUCCCGCUCUAGAUCAGUUCCUGGACCUUCUGGGCCACAGAGGUCCACUGAAAGAUACCAGCGACGACUCAACAGGGAGGCAGUCAGUUUUUACAACGUUCAGAGAAUUCAAGCUGAUGUUCCACGUGUCCACGGCAAGCAGCCCUCAGCAGGUGAUUCUCCUGUUUGACCUUGUGCUGUGUACUGCACAAAGUCCGCAGAACAUCUGCUCACAUUCCCAACAUGUCUUCAUCAUCGUUCGAGUCCACCGCCCCUGCAGCCAGCACACCUGUUACAGUAUUGCAGUGUCCAGGCGUAGAGACAUCCCGUUCUUUGGUCCCUUGAUCCCACCAGGUUGGAUGUUUUCAGCCUCACCUGAAUUCAGAAAUUUCCUGCUGACGAAGAUCAUUAAUGCCGAAAACGCUGCGCACAGGUCAGAGACCUUUGUCACAAUAAGAGCACGACACAGACAGGAGCACCUGAAGGAGCUGGUGGAAAGCUUUUCCACAUCAGUGCUAGUGGACUCAUCAUCUUCCAUCAAGUUCAGCUUCAUCUCUCUGGUAGUAAAGAAAAAAGAGCGCAGCGCACCACGGCCUCAUGCUUACCUGAACACUGCCGGGGCUCUCACCUGGAGUGUGACAGCAAAAGACUUCAGCUGCUCUUUUGAUGUACCAUGCCAGCUUGCCAUCUCCAGUGAGUUUGUGGUGCUUGUAGAGGAAGCCAGCAGACAGGUAGUGUUUCACUGUUACUGCAGAGACGUGAUUGGCUGGAACGCCGGCCACAAAGGCAUUAAACUUUUCUACGAACACGGAGACUGUGUGAUGCUGUCGACACGAGAGAGAGGCUGGGAGGACAGCCGCGAGAUCGCCCAGAGACUGCAGCUGGUGACUCAUGGCGGUCCUGCUGUGGACAUGAUUCUGAGGAGGAACCGUCACGGUCAGCUUGGGUUUCACGUGAACUUUGAAGGAGUGGUGGCGGAUGUUGAGACCAACAGUUUUGCGUGGAAGGAGGGUCUCCGGCCCGGCUGUAGGAUAAUGGAGAUCUGUGCGGUCGCCAUAGUAACGCUAUCACAUAAGCAGAUGAUUGAGCUGCUGAGGACAUCGAUGACCGUGAGCGUGGUCGUUAUUCUGCCGCACAGAGAUGGGACACCGCGCAGGAGUUUCUCAGAAAUCUACCAAGUCCCGAGGUUUGAGUACAAACUGGACUCUGACAUCACUUCCUACCCAUUAAGAGUAACCCCACCCACCUGGCACAAGGUGUUAGAAGCUCCGCCUACUCAGAGCAUCCCAGGUGAACUGGAACAGCAGCUGAGACCAAUUAAACAAAUGAAUGAGGGAUCCAGGUCACCAAGCAAACACUCGACUUCCGUUGACCCUGGACCACCUUUGACCCCACAGAGCCAUGCCCGAUGGGGAGCUCGUCCUGAUUGGGCAGUCAGCUCUGAAGAAGACUCACUUGAGAAGAUCGGGAGAUCUAAAGAGGCCAGUCACCUUUGUCAUCAUGAUCAUCCUCAUCGUGUGACGAAGGCUCGGGGGGGUUUUCAGCCGAGUCUGAUGGAUGCCAACGACACGCUUUCCAGCAGCAGCGGGAGCGAGGGCAGAUACUCCGACUGUCAUCUCACUCACACUAAGGUGCCUUCAAUGGACAGCGGAAUUGACUCCGCCCCCUGCACAUCAUCAGCCCAACCAGCUGUGGCUGGGGCGACGCUGGUCCUGAGCGAUAUCCAGAGAGGCAAAUGGACAAUCUCAGCCGGUCACAUGACCAACCUGAGUGAGACCUGCUCUCUGUCCUGGCUGGUUGUUCACCUGUUCACAGCGGACAUCAAUCAGACACAACGCACACUGGGGGUGACAUCACAGAGCUCCGCCCUGGAGGACAGUGACAUCACAGCCCGCUCCCUCUCAGGUGAAGUCCUCCAACUGGAAGAGAUUCUUCAGCAGCUGCAGCUCGACCUGCUAAAGGAGCAGCGGGACAAAGCUGUGCUGCAGCAGCAGGUGCUGAGCCUCCGUCAGGAGAACCACCGCCUGCAGGAGGAGGGUCACAGCGCCGCCAAGCACAUCAGGAGGUUCGCCGCCUGGAUGCUGCGCCAGGAUUCGUUACCAUAGUAACACCACUAGCAUUUACUGACCAUUCAGCACUGUGUCACAUGACACGCAGCGGAUCGUGGUGACGACGAAGAGUUUGAACCGUGAGCAGAACAAUCGAUCGCUAAAUCGAUUGCUGAACAGCACGAAGCAGCACGCUGAAUGAAGAUGAGGUGAUCUGAUGGGAUCAGUCACAGCUGACCGGUCUCGUCAGUCCUCCUCGGCUACCUGGAAGUAGGCGGAGCCUCUCUGAUUCUUGAGUUAGUGAGUUAGUCGCAGCAUGAGCUGACCCCCGUGCGCAUCCACCUCUGUCAGCAUCGGAGCAGCUGGCGACGCAGAUGCGCAGAUGUUUGAGGAUGUGUUUUCUCUUCAGACUGUGAAUCAUACAGAUGUUUGAUCCAAGCUGAAUCAGCUGAUCCAGAAUCAGCUGAUUUAUCCAAACUCUUCUUUCAUGUGCAGAGAUCCUGCUCUCUUUCUGCUGUUACGUGUCUUUAUUUUUAUAAAGGUUUACAUCAGAA